GCCGCAGCGAAAAAAGUGAAAGAGGACGCGGAGCCCGCGGAGAUCCUUCCCGGGGUGUUCUUAGGCAGCAUCGGCGCCGCGCACAACGAGGACGCGCUGAGACGUCACCGCAUCACGCACGUGCUGACCGUCGCGAGCUCGUUCGCGCCGCGGUUCCCGGACGCGUACGAGUACUUAGUCGUGGACGUCGCCGACGCGCCGUCGGAAAAUUUACGCGCGCACUUUGAGCGAUGCCUCAAGUUUAUCGCGCGCGCGCGUCUCGACGGAGGGAACGUCCUCGUGCACUGCUUCGCCGGAAGGAGCCGAAGCGCGACGAUCGUCGCCGCGUACGCGAUGGCGACGGAGGGGACGAGCCUGGAGGAGACGAUGCGCGCGAUGAAAGAGAAGCGACCGACCGCGGGCCCCAACCGAGGGUUUGCCGCGCAGUUGCGCGCGUUUGAGCGCGAGUUGACCGAA